UAUUAAAACACUAAAAUUAUCGAUACGAUCGUAUGUAAUAAACGCAUCUCUAGCUGUAUAUUUGACUCUUGGCGCAUUAAGAUUUUUUUAUUUAUUGCGUUGUAGAGAGUUUUUUCAUUAAUUUACAGUGUUUACCCAUGAAUAUCAACAAGUUGUAAUCGAUCGUUUUAUAUUAUUGUGUGUUUUGACUCAAGCCUUCAAAAUGGCAGGGAAUGGUGAAUUCGUUCUCAACGCCGACUGCCUCUUGGAGAUCAUGAAAUACAUAAUUGCCGACCGAAAUAGAAAACUGGGGACUCCCCUUCAUAAUGACUUAAUAAACUUUGUGCUGGCCCAUGAAUAUUUCUUGCAAGUGUUUGCAGAGCAGUACAGAAAUCUGUACAAGGAUAUAGAGCGGGCACUAGCUCUCAGGAUAACAGCGCUAUUAAUUGAUUUACGGGUCAAUAAGAUUUCAAAGGAUGAAAAAGAACUUUUCUGGAAUUCCUAUCUGCACACUUUGAGGGACAAUAUAAAACCCUAUGAUGUUCAUUUGUUCUUCUACAAAGAUAAAAACGAAGGAGAUAAUAAAUAUGUAGACAUAUUUAUACCAGGCAUGACAUCAAUCGCCAAGGUGGUAAAACUAAACGAAAAUAUUUCAUCAGAAAUAUUAACAGACAUCUGUACCACUAUUCCAAAUUUGAGGAAAUUGGAGUUUAGAGGAAUCGAUAUAUGUGGAAGUUUAUCGGAUAUUGUACCCUGUUGCAAAAAUCUUGAAGAGCUUAGUAUAAAGUUGAAUACAGGAAUCGAGGGUGCCCAAUAUGCACCGCUGGCAAUAAUACCGACUUUAAAAAAUAUUACAAUCACCGGAGUUCAAGAAUGCGGUUCAGAAUUGCAAUUUUUUAAGGAUUUACGAAAGUGGCACCGUCCUAAAAAUCUUCCACCUUUGACAUUGACAAUCGUGGAUUAUCUGAGCGAUUCAAAUCGGUCGUUUAUGUUUGUGACAUUUGCUUCAUUGCGGAAGUUAUUGUUGCACUGUUCUUUCUUGGGCAGCACAACAUUUAAAGCUGAGUACGAUGUGUAUGAAUUAUGGAAAGAAAGCAAUUUAAUAGAAGAAGAUAUCGCAUCAAUUACUUUAUGCCAAGAAGAGAAGAUUGAGUUUGAUUGGUUUAAAGGAGAACUUAAUUUGAAUAUCGAUCCAGAGUUGGACAUUGCCAAUUUUGCAAAACUUCCGAAUUUACAAAGAUUGGUGUUAAGAAAUGCUAAUUUAUCUAGUGAAAACGAAAAGAACAUGGUACCACUUGCCAAUUUCCUUCGAAUAAUGGCACCAAAAAGAUCAUGCUCCUUAAAGUCUUGCAGAAUAGAGGACAUACCAUUGGAUCGAUUGAACUGCAAGGAACUUGGAAGAAUAGAAUCAAUUCAAUUUCUCAAGUGCGACAUAUGUGAUUGGGAUUCGAUCAAGGAAUUAACUCAAUUAACUAACCUCCAACACCUGAUGAUUAAUGUUAUGGAACCCAUUAACUUUAACACUUCAAAGCUAAUCUUCAAUCUGCUAAAUAUAUGCCAAGUACAAGCUGACAUAUUUUGUUCGGCAUUUCAUAUUAUUUUUUGGAAGAUUAAAAACCGUUUAAGGAUCCAAACAGCAACGGGCUAUCAAGAAUCUGAACUUCAAAUUCAGAUCGAAAAGUGCUCGGAACCUGGAUCCCUAAAUCAGCUCUUUGACGAAUUUUCAGCCAGCAAUUUACUGAAGAUCGAAGAAUUGGAAAUUACCAAUUCAAAUAAAUUGCCAUUUGAAUACAUCUCCAAAUUGGCAGAGGUUCAAACAAUAAAGAAACUAAUUUGUGACCCCAAUAACUUAACAGGCAUUGAGAAAUUGGCCAAUUUGAGUAACCUUGAGGAUAUGACCAUAAAUUCUUCAACGUAUUCUAUGGACAAAAAUGAUUGCCUUUCUUUACUUCUAAAAAAUAUGGAAGCGCAAAACUCAAUUCAGUGUAUAAACUUGACAUUCCUGGAGCUUACGUCUAAAGAGGUUUUUAGUAUUUCAAAGAUAAGGUCACUGAAAAAAUUGAGAUGCAAGUUUUCCGACAUGAAAGACUUUCAGUCAUUGUCAGAGCUAGCCAACUCGAGUAUUGAAGAACUAAUUGUUUUAGAUACAGUCUUUCCUAUUUUGAACUUAUUGACUGCUUUUUCUUUAAAUCGUACUACUAAGCUACAGAAGCUUGAAUUUGUUAGGAGUAUUCUUGGCAUAGAAGAAGUGUCUGAAAUUUCAAAAAUUAAAAGACUUGCAAAGCUACGUGCAACGUUCGAAAAUUCGGAAUGUGUUCAAGUAAUGGACCAAUUGGCUUGUCUAGAGCACUUAAUAAUAGAUGGAUUUGAAGAACAAGAAAGUCCUUUAUUGGAACAACCGUUGAAGAUUUUGGCAAUUAAAUCACCGAUAACACUCCAAAAAUUGGAACUAAGUGAAUGGAUUGGUGCCACUGAAUGCAAAUAUUUGACUCAAAUCGAAACUUUGGAGUCUUUAAAUUGUAAUCUACGUAGACAACCAGGCAUAGAAGUGUUGGCAAAUAUAAAAAGGCUUACAAAAUUAUUUAUCAAAGAAUCACCUUGUUUGCAAUUUGAAGCGCAAAGUAAUGCGAUGGUCAAACUUUACCAGUCUUUGGCUUUUAAAAGUGAUUCAAUGUUAGAAGAACUGCAAACCCAAGUAAACGAUUCUGUUGAGAACUGUGAAAUAUCAAAGAUAAAAUCGUUACAAAUUUUAAAAAUUACCUAUAAUGAGAAAUGCAAUAACAUAUCAGAUCUGGGACAACUAAGCGAACUUAAAUCAUUGCAUAUACUUGAAAACUAUGGAAGCAUUGAUUGCCAUAGUUUAUUGUCAAUAUUUCAGUCUUGCCAAAAUCUUGAUUUCGCCACUUUUGAAUUUAAGAAUAAAGAAUUGGAUGCAAGCUUUAUAGACAAAGUGAGUAGCAUUUUAAAAUCUUCAAGGGAUCCCGUACGUCAAAGACCGUUGAAACUUCAUUUGAUUGAAGAAUCUACCUUUCCGAGUUUCCAUCUGAAGGACAUUGACGCAGCGUAUAUGAACAUCUCCUACGCGUACAAGCCAGAGGACAUGAGGAUUUUUCCAGAUGACGGCGAAGAAGGUUAUUAUGAUUACCUAGAUUCUGAUGACCUAGAUUUUGAUGACUGGGAGUCCCUGUUUUUUUAUUUGCUAGAUAUUUAAGAACAGUUGGUCUUGUAAAAAUGAACUAUUGUAAUAUUAAUUAUCUAUUCGGCGUUAUAUUAAUAAACAAAGAACAGUUUUAAAUAUGUAAUAACAAAAAUUAAUAAAUAAAUUAAUGUUUGCUGGACAGCCGA